AUGACGAUUUUAGUUAUUUCUGAAGAUGGUCGUGACUGUGCCUUUGAAGACAUUUUAGCUUCAUCUGAGGAUGGAGGCUCGGUGAUGUCCGAGGCAGUUAUAACAAAGUCCUUUUGUAGAGACAAAGUCCAAGCGUUGUUUUGUAUUCUUUUGUUGAUAUUUGAGGCAUCGAGCUAUAUAAUGCUCUUCUUUACAAAAUUUGCGCACACAGUCAAUGAAGUAUUUACCGUGAUGAUGUUUGUACAGUUUUCAAUCAGCUCUCUUGUUCUCUGCAUGAGUGUUUACAAAAUAUCUACAAUGACAUCACUGUUCACGCUCGAUUUUGCGUAUAUCUCUUCUUACUUGUGCGCUAUGCUUACACAAGUAUUUCUUUAUUGCUGGUACGGCAACGAAGUGACACUAAAGAGCAUCAAAGUCUGUAAUGCAAUUUACGAAAUGAAUUGGACAACACUAAGAGUUCGAAUAAUGAGAGAUCUUACAAUUAUAAUGUUGCGUGCUACCAGACCAAUUAAAAUGUCGAGUGGCUAUGUGGUUACUUUAACUACGGAAUCUUUUAUGGACAUUCUCAAAACAUCUUACUCGGCGUACAAUUUGUUGAAAGACUCUUAA